UAUCAGUACGAUAUAUCACACAGCCCUGUCUGUUCUCUCUCUGAUGCUGUCUGUCUUCACCAAGAUAUCAGUACGAUAUAUCACACAGCCCUGUCUGUUCUCUCUCUGAUGCUGUCUGUCUUCACCAAGAUAUCAGUAUGAUAUAUCACACAGCCCUGUCUUUUCUCUCUCUCUGAUGCUGUCUGUCUUCACCAGGAUAUCAGUAUGAUAUAUCACACCACACAGCCCUGUCUGUUCUCUCUCUGAUGCUGUCUGUCUUCACCAGGAUAUCAGUAUGAUAUAUCACACCACACAGCCCUGUCUGUUCUCUCUCUGAUGCUGUCUGUCUUCACCAAGAUAUCAGUAUGAUAUAUCACACAGCCCUGUCUGUUCUCUCUCUGAUGCUGUCUGUCUUCACCAAGAUAUCAACAGACCUGUACUCAGGGGCGUUGUUUGUCCAGGUGUGUUUAGGAUGGAACCUGUACCUGUCUACCGUCCUCAUGCUGGUGGUCACUGCCCUCUACACUAUAGCAGGUGGUCUGGCUGCUGUCAUCUAUACAGACACUCUGCAGACCUUCGUCAUGAUUAUAGGAGCAAUCAUCCUCACCAUCACAGCGUUCAACAAGAUUGGAGGCUACAGUAACUUGGAGAGAGUUUACCAGGCAGCCAUCCCUUCUAAGAUCAUCCCCAACAGUAGCUGUCACCUGCCCAGAGAGGACGCCAUGCACCUGUUUAGACACCCGGUUACUGGAGACCUGCCCUGGCCUGGCAUGACCCUGGGACUGACUAUACUGGCUACCUGGUACUGGUGUACUGACCAGGUCAUCGUGCAGAGGUCCCUGUCAGCUAAGAACUUGUCUCAUGCCAAAGGAGCUUCUAUCCUGGCGUCCUACCUCAAGAUGUUACCCUUCAUAUUCAUCAUACUUCCAGGCAUGAUCAGCAGAGCUCUGUACCCAGACUCGGUGGGGUGUGUGGACCCAGAGGAGUGUGUGAGGGUGUGUGGAGCGGAGGUGGGCUGCUCCAACAUCGCCUUCCCAAAACUGGUCAUCGAACUCAUGCCCAGCGGUCUGCGGGGGCUGAUGAUAGCAGUGAUGAUGGCGGCCCUGAUGUCAUCGUUGACCUCUAUCUUUAACUCCUCCUCCACGCUCUUCACCAUGGACAUCUGGAAGAAGUACCGCGCGUACGCCUCGGAACGGGAGCUGCUAUUGGUCGGCAGGAUAGUAACAGUGAUUCUGGUGGUGAUAAGCGUGGUGUGGAUUCCAAUCCUGCAGUCGGCCAAUAGUGGACAGCUCUACGUUUACAUCCAAUCAGUGACCAGUUACCUGGCUCCACCCGUUACCGCUGUCUUCUCAUUGGCUAUCUUCUGGACCAGAACCAACGAGCAGGGAGCAUUCUGGGGUCUGAUGGUGGGGCUGGUGGUCGGUGUGUGUCGGAUGGUUCUAGAAUUUGCAUUCCCGCCUCCUCGCUGUGGUAUCCAAGACGACGCCCCGUCAGUGCUGCGCUCCGUUCACUACCUUCACUUCGCCAUCAUCCUCUGCUUCCUGUCUGCUGCCGUUGUCAUGGUGAUAUCACUGCUGACUCCGCCCCCCACUGAAGAGCAGGUGCGUAACCUGACGUGGUGGACUUUGACUCAGGAGGAAGAAGGAGAAAUACCACUCCAGAAAGUCUCCUCUAUCAGCCACCGAGAGCAGAGACCCCAGGUCCACGGUUCUGCUCCGGUGCGGAGGGCGGUCUGCGGUCGCGGGGCGGGGCUCUGCAGCUCAGCGGAGGGACCAGCAGAGGAGGUUCCGUUACCCAGAAUCCCCAGCGUUAGAGAGAGUGUGUUUUGGUCUCGCUUCUGCUGCGUCAAUGCCAUUCUGCUGAUCUGUGUUAAUAUAUUCCUCUACGCUUACUUCGCCUGACCUCUGACCUAUAACUGCUGUCCCAGUAGGAUACUUCCUGUGGGUGUUUCCAUCUCUACGUAAAUCAAUGUUCUUAUGGUUCUAGAAGAUGUAUUGUUCUAGAAUGUUACGGACCUGUGAUGUCACGGUGGGUAGGGUCCUAUUUAGUGUAUUGUAUAUGGACCUCUGAUUGGUCAAUAUUGUGUCCUUGUGUAAAUGAGAUUCAUGAAUAAACACGUGGCCACGUCUUGUAAUCUA